CCUGCAUGAAUUCCUCAUAGAAGAACGGUGAAAAGAUUUCGCAGAAAAGAAAAACUUUGUAUGUCAAUUGCAGGGCCACUGUAGCUGAUGAAAAUCAGCUAUGGAAUUCCAUGGUUGGUGUGCGUCUUCCAACCUUGUUUCCGUCUUCCCACUCCCAUCUAACCCACCAUGAAAGUCUUCUUCUCCCCUUUCCUUCCUCUAUCUGCAAUUCAUUCACCCAUCAAGGGAAGGAAUACAGAGCACCAUAGCCACCAACCAGAAGGCACAAGGCACCGACCCAACUUUCUUCUUUGAUCCGCACCAUCCAAGUUUGCUUCCACCAUGGUGCAAAAAAAGGCAGAAAACAAGGUCGGAAACAGAGCAGAAAUGAAGAAUUCUAUUAAACUGGACCGACGAACUGCGGGAAAGUCUCCUCUGUAUGAGGAGAUGAUUGCUCGGCCUUCUCAAUCCAUCAGGGGAGGUGGUGAGCUGAAGAAGAAGCUGAGAAGAUCUCGAUCGUUAAAACUUGCAGACUGGCGUAGCAUUGGAUCACCUCCGAAACAGGACGAGGACGCCAAGAAGAAGCAGACGGCAACCAGGAUGGAGGAUAGAUCGCCAAACUACAUGAAACCCACAAGCAGUUCAGACAAGAGGAAGGAGAACGUGCAGGUAAGCACCCAAACACAAACCAGCAAUAGAAUUCAGAGGGCUAGAGAUUCGAAUUAUACUCGUAAAAAGCCUGACGCUCGUGGUUCUAAGUCGACGACGGCGUCGGCGUCGAAGAACGUGAAGCAAUUGACGAGGUCCUCUAGCUUGAAGCCGAUCAAGCCUUCCAUGAAGGCUACUGGGCUGCCUUUAUUUUCACUGCAAGAUAUUGCGCGUUCGACUUGUUCUUCCACAAUAAAGGACUCGAAGUUCCCUGAUUAUUUGGACCUUCAUCCUGGAGGCACAGAAUCUGAAGGAACUUCAAUCUUUAAGGUCUGCCCGUAUACUUAUUGCUCUCUCAAUGGGCAUUUUCAUAAGCCCUUGCCUCCCUUGAAGCACUUCAUAUCAGCAAGGAGGCGUUUGCUGAAGACUCAGAAGAGCGUUAAGAUGAAAGGAAGCAUACCACGGAGGAUUAAAAACGCUAAAGAAGUUAAGAAAAAAAUAGAUACAGGGCAGAAUUUGGUGCCUGUCAGAAGUGAAGAGGUGUUCCGGACGGACAUGAUCAGCUCGCCGAGGUGGCCGCACAGUUGGAAUGAAGAACAGAGUGAACUGCUGACGGGAGAUUGGAGUGAUGAAUUCUUUCUGGAGAUAUUCCCAGAUUGGGCACCUGAUCUAACGGAUGUCGAGAGCUUUGGUAAGUGUGGAAACAUGGAAAUUUGUUCCGAUGAUGAAGUUGCGGAACCAACAAAUGAAGAAGAUGAUGCAAAAAAACUUAGUGAAUCCGUAGUUGUUUCAUGUGAAAAAAUUGCCUCGGAAUCAGAACAGGAUUGUGUAAAGGCAGAAGAAACUGUAUCAAGCAGAGCACAUUAUGAGAAAAACGUCUCUUUAGAAGCUGAAGACGGUGGCAAUCAUGAAGACAGGAUUGAUGAUUCCUGUCUGCGAGAUGCAGAUACUGCAGCUGCUUUGUCAGGAGCCUCUCAAAGCAUUGAUUGCAAUGUGGCAUUGGACCAGCUUUCGGAUGAGAAUGGCAGUUUUUUUCCAGAAGAAGACGUGACUUCUGAAGCUUGCGGUGGAAGUGAAUCAGAUGAAGUUGGAUUACGUUCGGACACUAUCACAGAAAUGGAAGAGGAUGACGAAGCAAGUCUCUAUGAUGAGACUUCUGGUAGUUCAUUCACUGAUGGUGAGCCAGAGCACGCAAGUACUCCUCUGGUGCGUGAAGCAGUAUUAAUCUAUGAUGAACCAGAUAGCAACCCCUUCAGCAACAGCACACCGCUGGAUUUCUGUGAUCAAACCGGCAAUCCUUUACCAGAGGACUCCAGUGAAGCCAUUGAAAACGUUGAGAUUGAUGACCCUGCUGCACAAGGUGAUGAAAUAGUCAUAAUGGAAGAAGAUCAGGCUGAACUAAUAGAGUUUGUGGAACUCUAUCCAAUAGAGCUUGACCUCAUAGCUUCCGAAGUCUUAGAGGUCAAUUUUCCUGCUGAUCAAACUGAUGAAAUCGGAACAACCAAGGAAGAAGUUUACACUGAAUUUAUAGACUUCUGUCCUAAUGUUGAUAUUCUUGCUGCAGAAAAGAAUGAAAUCACCAUACCCAAGGAAGAGGUUCAGACUGAAGUCAUGGGAUCCCUCCAUCCAACAGAGCUAGAGCCUGUGAUCAAUGAAAGCUUAGACGAUAAUUUUCCCACCUCUCAAGGAGAUGAAAUCAACCACACCAAUGAACAAGUCCAAACAGAAGCUACUGCACCUGUAGUUCAAACUGAAACCACUGUGAUUGUAGUAGAACUCUAUACAACAGAGCAAGAGGCUAUGGAUUAUGAAGAUGAUAUUCCUAAUCCAGAUAAUCGGUUAGUUGAAGGUGAUGAAGCAUUUGUAGUUGCUGAAGGAAGUUGCGAAUUGAAGGAUGACCAUGAUGCCAAAGAAGCCCUUGUGGAUGUUCAAGUUGCAUCAGAUGGCCAGGGAUGUUCAGAUGUGCAAACAAUGGUAGAGGCAGUUCCUGAUUAUUCUGAGGACGAUCUUGUGGCAGAUGAGACGACAUUUCCGGUCACUCAAAACUCUGACCUGGCUGUUCAAGACGUUGCCGAGGAAAUCCAAAUCAAAGUGAUUGAACAUCCUGAUGACCUUGAAACAGAGAACUGUCCCCCUCCGCUGUUGGUCCCUGAAGCAAAAGAUGAAACAGUCACAGGGGAUAGCAACCUAAACGUUAUUCAAAAGGACAUCGAAUUCGUCCAACUUGAUAUUGUGAAGGAUCAAAAUCAUCAGGAUGCAACAGGUGGCAAACAUUUUCAAGUCGAAUCCCGGGACGAAGUACCUGAUGAAGAAAACUGCACCGCCAAACUAGCUGAAAUUCAGUCUUUAGGAUCUUCAGAUAGCCAAUGUCCAUGUAACGUUUCAUCAGGAGAAUCUGGCGAUCAGAACAAACCAACAUCAGUUGAUGAUUGUUCCAAAGAUGGCCUGCAAAUGAACUGUGAUACUGAGCAACAAGAGGAAAGUGUCUGGAGUCCUCCUAAAGCUGAAAGCCAUUUCAUCAUUGAGAAGAGCAGUAACACAGGUAUAGACGGAAGCCCAAGUAACCAAAGCGAAGUAUCCAACUUUGAAAGCAACGAUGAUAUUGGGAGCAUGAACAAAGAUGAGAAAGUCAUGAGGCCUGUGAUGAACGCCAUUCAGCCUCCUGUCUCAAACUACAGUGGCCUCAAAUAUAGGGCAAAUCCCAAACGCAAAGUGGAGAACGUUAAUGAGGAAAGGAUGUUCAACCCAAGAGGACCAAGCUUCCUGCCUAUUGAGCCUGACCCUGAUGCAGAGAAGGUUGAUCUUCGGCAUCAGAUGAUGGAUGAAAGAAAAAACUCAGAGGAGUGGAUGUUAGAUUAUGCACUAAGGCAGGCAGUGAACAAGUUGGCUCCUGCUCGAAGGAAGAAAGUAGCGCUGCUUGUUGAAGCCUUUGAAACUGUCAUGCCAUUGCCAAAGUGUGAAACCCGCGUGCACCAUUCUGCAAUGAGCUUUACUCAUGCAAGAACAAUUCAAGCAUGCAGUUAAUUGUCAAGUUUCUAGGUAAGCAGAUGCGGCAGAUGAAGGUAAUGUGAAGUUCUAAUAAAGUUGAUUUCAGAAAGGGGACUCAGUUGGGUCAUUUCUUCUGAAGAAACAUAGCCAUGGAGUGUCUACUGGUUAUAUGUUCUUAAUCUUGGGCAUAUGUUGCCAUCUUUAAGGUCUUCACUUGCAUUUGUUUGGCUGUGCUAGACCUGCAAAAAAUAUGCUGAAUAAAGACCUUAGCUUUCUAAUAUUACAAAGAUCUGGAAUUUGUUAAUUGUAUGUGGUUGUGACAUCCUGAUCAUGAUAUAUCAGAGUGUUUCAAGUGUCUUUUAAGAAAACUCCAGGAAUACAUUACCGAGCUGUUGCCUAUUUA